GCCACCUCGCGCUCGGAGGCGUCACGGAACGUGCUCUCUCCUCCCCGUGCCCUCUUCGCCUCCCGCCCUCUCCCUUCCUCCCCCUUCCAUCCCCUCCUGCGCCGAGACUCGCUGCCGCCGCCGGAGUACCCGCCGCCGGAGCCGCGCGCAGCCAUGGCCGAGAACCCCGGCUUGGAGAACCACCGAAUCAAGAGCUUUAAGAACAAGGGUCGGGAUGUAGAAACAAUGCGAAGACACAGAAAUGAAGUGACGGUUGAACUGCGAAAGAACAAAAGAGAUGAACAUUUACUCAAAAAAAGAAAUGUUCCCCAAGAAGAAAGUUUAGAGGAUUCAGAUAUUGAUGCUGAUUUUAAAGCACAAAAUGUAACACUAGAAGCUAUAUUGCAGAACGCCACAAGUGAUAACCCAGUGGUCCAGCUGAGUGCUGUCCAGGCUGCAAGAAAGCUAUUAUCCAGUGAUAGAAAUCCACCAAUUGAUGACUUGAUAAAGUCUGGAAUUUUACCAAUUCUAGUAAAAUGUCUAGAAAGGGAUGAUAACCCUUCAUUACAGUUUGAAGCUGCUUGGGCAUUAACUAACAUAGCAUCAGGAACUUCUGCACAGACUCAAGCUGUUGUACAGUCUAAUGCUGUACCUCUCUUUCUGAGACUUCUCCAUUCACCACAUCAGAAUGUUUGUGAACAAGCAGUAUGGGCUUUGGGAAACAUUAUAGGUGAUGGUCCUCAAUGUAGAGAUUAUGUCAUAUCACUGGGAGUUGUCAAACCUCUUCUGUCCUUCAUCAAUCCCUCCAUUCCCAUCACCUUCCUUCGGAACGUCACAUGGGUCAUUGUCAAUCUCUGCAGGAAUAAGGACCCCCCACCGCCUAUGGAGACAGUUCAGGAGAUUUUGCCAGCAUUAUGUGUCCUCAUAUACCAUACAGACAUAAAUAUUCUUGUAGAUACUGUUUGGGCUCUGUCAUACCUGACAGAUGGAGGUAAUGAGCAGAUACAGAUGGUUAUUGAUUCAGGGGUUGUGCCAUUUCUUGUGCCCCUUCUGAGCCAUCAGGAAGUGAAAGUUCAAACAGCAGCACUCAGAGCAGUUGGCAACAUAGUGACGGGUACUGAUGAGCAAACCCAGGUUGUUCUCAACUGUGAUGUCCUGUCACACUUCCCAAAUCUCUUAUCACAUCCAAAAGAGAAGAUAAAUAAGGAAGCAGUGUGGUUCCUUUCCAACAUAACAGCUGGCAACCAGCAACAAGUCCAAGCUGUAAUAGAUGCUGGAUUAAUCCCUAUGAUAAUUCAUCAGCUUGCCAAGGGGGACUUUGGAACACAAAAAGAAGCCGCUUGGGCAAUUAGCAACUUAACGAUAAGUGGCAGGAAAGAUCAAGUUGAGUACCUUGUACAGCAGAAUGUAAUACCACCAUUCUGUAAUUUACUGUCAGUAAAAGAUUCUCAAGUUGUACAGGUCGUUCUAGAUGGUCUGAAAAACAUUCUGAUAAUGGCUGGUGAUGAAGCAAGCACAAUAGCUGAAAUAAUAGAGGAAUGUGGAGGUUUGGAGAAAAUUGAAGUUUUACAGCAACAUGAAAAUGAAGACAUAUAUAAAUUAGCAUUUGAAAUCAUAGAUCAGUAUUUCUCUGGUGAUGAUAUUGAUGAAGAUCCUAGCCUCAUUCCUGAAGCAACACAAGGAGGUACUUACAAUUUUGACCCAACAGCUAACCUUCAAACAAAAGAAUUUAAUUUUUAAGUUCUGUUGAGUGCAGCAUCUUUCCCACUUUGAAUAUGAAGUACCACCAAAUGGCUACCAAAUAACUAGAAGAAGAAUAAAAACAAAAGGCUCCAAAAUACACAUGCCUCUUCAUUUUGAUGCUUCUAAAAACAAGCCAUGUCUCAGUCACUUUGCAGUUGCCAAAAGUCACUAUCACAUGGACUGUAAAUGCAUAUGCAUGAUUUCCUAAACUGUUUUAGAAUUCUCCUUCACAAUCUCAACUACCCUAUUUUUCCCUAUUCCCUGCUGACAAUUGCAGUCUCCAGUAGAAUAUUCCACAGUGCGGGCAUGUCAGCUGCCCACUCGAUAUUCCUUUGGAAAAUGGUGCGCUCUGGAUCCAGACACUUUGGUAUGAUGCAUAUACAACGUUGGAAGACUUUCAAGAGGUGCAGCCUGAUCUGAGCCUCCAUCAUUGUCCUCCACAAACAUAUUUUCAUAUUCUUUAUGUGGAAGAAUAGAUACUAAAACAAGCCAAAUGAUUUUCAAUGGUGAAACUGACACCCAAAAAUUAA